GGCACUUCCGCCCGCGCAGCGCAUGCUGGGUAGCGAGUCUCCGGAAGCGUCGGCUGCAGUGUGUCAGGUGCGGUUCCGGCUGGUGUGAGAAUCAUUGUGGCCGGGGAAAGAUGCCGGAGCUGGCGGUAGAUAGAGUUGUCGUGCACCCGCUCGUGCUGCUUAGUGUGGUGGAUCAUUUCAACAGAAUCGGUAAGAUUGGGAACCAGAAGCGGGUGGUCGGUGUGCUGCUAGGAUCUUGGCAUAAGAAAAUCUUAGAUGUAUCUAAUAGUUUUGCAGUUCCAUUUGAUGAAGAUGAUAAGGAUGAUUCUGUCUGGUUUCUGGACCACGACUACCUGGAGAACAUGUAUGGCAUGUUCAAGAAAGUAAAUGCUCGGGAACGUAUAGUUGGCUGGUACCACACAGGACCCAAACUGCAUAAAAAUGACAUUGCAAUCAACGAGCUGAUGAAAAGAUAUUGUCCAAAUUCUGUUCUUGUGAUCAUUGAUGUGAAGCCGAAGGAUCUUGGUCUUCCCACCGAAGCAUAUAUCUCCGUGGAGGAGGUUCAUGAUGACGGCACUCCAACCUCAAAGACCUUUGAACACGUCACCAGUGAGAUUGGGGCUGAGGAGGCAGAAGAAGUUGGUGUGGAGCACUUGUUACGAGACAUCAAGGACACUACAGUGGGGACCCUGUCACAGCGCAUCACGAAUCAGGUACAUGGCCUGAAGGGACUGAAUUCCAAACUGCUGGAUAUCAGGAGUUACCUAGAGAAAGUAUCCUCCGGCAAACUGCCCAUCAACCACCAAAUCAUUUACCAGCUUCAGGACGUCUUCAACCUGUUGCCAGAUGUCAACCUGCAGGAGUUUGUCAAGGCCUUCUAUCUAAAGACUAAUGACCAGAUGGUGGUGGUGUAUCUGGCCUCUCUCAUCCGCUCGGUGGUCGCCCUUCACAAUCUCAUCAAUAACAAGAUCGCCAACAGAGACGCCGAGAAGAAGGAGGGGCAGGAAAAAGAGGAGAGCAAGAAGGAACGGAAGGACGAGAAGGAGAAAGAAAAGACCGACGCAAAGAAAGAGGAGAAGAAGGAGAAGAAAUGAUAGUGUCUCACCAUUAGUAGUUUUUAUUUGUAUGUAUGCCGAAUAGAUCUUGCUGGCCCGGCUUUCCUAUUUAUACUAAGGAAUGGUCUGCCACGGAAUCCACUUGUCAGUGCAAUGGUUGUGUCCAGCCAUGUAAUGCCUUUUGGGGGGCGUUUUGUUUGAUGUGCAGGUGUCUAUAUGGUAUAUCACUCUGCCAUUGAGCUAUUUUGUAGCUUUGUUGUUUUUCUUUCCCCCUCUUGCCUGGGAGUGUUCUUCCUUUUUAAGGUGUGAUCAAGGUUCUUAGUGGAGGGUUCAAUCUGGCCAUAAUGUCAUCUUCCUGCAAAGUAAUAAUAAAACGUCUGGUUUAUAAA